UGAGCCUAAGUUGGUGAUCGGCAAAAGUCUGUUUUGUCGUAGUUGUAGAAAAAAGAGAAAUCGCUUUAGAUUUGGAAUGUAUUGUAAUAGCAUACUGUAAAUGCAUAUCAUAUAUAUUAUAUUUAUACACAAAACGUUAUGAUUUGCACAUCAUAAUAUUCAUGCAUUAGCCUACAAAGAAAUCGAACAUUUUCAAUAGUUCGCGUUCGCGGAAUAUUUGUGCUUUAUUUACUAACUUUUAAUCUCAGCUUCUGACUAGUCUUCUACUUUUUAAAACAUAUUUACAUAAAAAUGUGUCAUCAUAAAAGUGGUAUUUUAUAUUUUGGCACUCUUUGACCCACAUUCCUGGCCUCGGGCAAAACGCUGAAUAACCGUAACAGCUGACGUUUUGAACACGCGUAUAUAUAUUAUACAUACAAUUGAAUGCGAAGAGUGAGAAGAAUGUUCUGAUCUGAUAGAAUUGUCAAUGGUGAUAAUUGUAUUUCAGCUGGCUUGCCCUUAAAGUUCGAACAUUGAAAUAGUUGCGUGGAAAUAAAGGAAUGAGAAUGUGUAAUGUACCGUAAUGUCAUAUUCGGUUAGAGCUCGAGCUAAAAAGAAGCGACAAGGAGAUAUUUAUUAUAAAUUUCAAAAAGUUUUCCAAUGACGCUUUCCGAUAUAUGAAAUUUAUGAUACCUGAAUGUGUCUGGGAGUUUUCAUUGUGUUUUGGAUUUAUUAAUCUAAUACAUUUGUCAGCUAUAAAGUGCGAGCGCUCAAAAAUACGCCAGCAAAAAGUUUCAGGAGGUUCAAGUUUAGGUUGCUUUAAAACUGUUCUUGCGCAUUGCAAGUUAGCCUAACGUGGAGUUGCUGAAGAAAAUACAUAUUUAAUUUAGACUUGGUCGAAGUGUUUUUGUUUUCCUUAUUUCUUCUUGCACUUCUGUAUUCAUAUUUGAGCACUAUUGCCAUGAAUAACUUUAUAAUAACUGAAUAAGUUAGUUUUUUUUUUACCUCUGGGUGAGCGAACACGUACUACUUCUUUUAUCAAUACCUUUCCAUCUGAAAUCUGUACGCUUCAAACCUUACUUGAGGUUUUGUUUGCUUUCCCGAUUCUAUAAUCAGUUACUUUUAUUUUUCGUUUUUAUCUAAUAUUUUAUCGUCUAUUGCUGAUUAUGGAGUCAAAAUAAACUUAUAACUAGGGAUAAGUAAGUCGCUUGGGACCAGAUUUACAUCCUAUGUUUGUAUUAGCAGUUUUGUAAACUCAAACUAACAAUAUGUGCUCGAAAGAGAAAAAAUCGAUUAGUUAUCGUUUGCUAAACGUCGACGAUCUUCCCUCCGUGGUUUCACUAAUCAAAAAAGAGUUCAUCACAAGAGAGCCCAUGUGUUCAACUUUAAAUUUCACCGAUGAACACGUAGAUCUUAUGGCAGAUGUUCGUCUGAGAGCAAUCUUAGAAGACAAUAUCAGCAUCGGUGCUUUUGAAGAUGAAACUGACUUGCUCGUCGCAAUUCGAUUAAGUCUUCUCGGCAGGAAUGAGAAGGAGGUGGAUUAUACUAGCAAAGCUAACGUACCGAUUCCUUUAGUUCAACUUGGAGCGCUUGUAAAAUACCUUUUCGGUGGCUCAAAAGCAGAUUGUUUAGGCACGAAAGACUAUGCAUAUUUCGUGAUAUUAUGCACACGACCAGAAUACGGUGGCGAAGGAAUUGCAACGGAAUUAUAUCGACGAUCACAUAUCAUUGCGAGUGAGGCUGGGUGUAAGAAAUCAGCGGUUAUUGCCUCAAGUUAUUAUACUCAACGAAUCAUUAAGAAGUAUCAAUAUGACUUUGUUAAAACCGUCGAGUACGAAAACUACGUAGAUCCAGUGACUGGAAAUAAAGUUUUUAGUGAGGUGCCAAGCCCUCAUGUGACCAUUGCUCUUGGAGUUAAAACCCUCGGAGAAACGUAGUCGAAAAUAUUCCAUAUUACUCAAACAGUGCAACGCAACCGACCAAAUAUGUGAAGACAAUGUUUCAAUUACCCGCUCAACUUCAUUUUAUUCUAAAAAACGAUUAUGACUUAACGGGUAACCCAUGACCUAGAAUUUACGGUUAAAAGACUAAAUACACGGUCCCGACAUAAGGAAGUGUAUUUAUUUUCGAGCGUGCACUUGAUUAUAUGCGGAUAUGAGUAUACUUAUUGCAGCACGAUUUCACCAGGUGUACUUGAACCUGAAAAUGACAUAGCAUGCGAUGACUAAUCGAAUAGCAACAACUAUUAAUUUAUAAAUGGUGGGUGUAAUCUACUUCACCACUGAUACUGACUGUAACAACAACGAAAAAUUGUGUUUUUGAACAGUGGUGAGAUUCAAAGUUUCAAAAGUCGGUUCUCGUAUGUAUCGAACUCGCUAACAACAGGUUAUCCUUUUUCAGAAAACCAGACUGAAAAAAAAAA